AAUGAGAAGUAUUGAGAAAAAUUAAUCAACCGUGCAGCAUUUAGAUGAAGUCACUGAUUUUCUCCAAAACAAGGUCAUUCGCAUAGUUUACAAUCGAAAUCUCACCGCAGCCGAAAAAUAGCUUUUGAAAGAAGUAUUAAUUGCACAAGGCCUCUAAUGAACGCAGAAUAGAAGGGGCAGGUUCAAGGAUGAGGUUUUGGAUAUAUCUCGCCUGUUGCUUAUUGGUGACAGGUGCGCUUUCUGAAAAAAGAAAUGAAAACGCUUCAAAGAAGAGUAAAGUGGAAGAUAUUCCCGAAUUAAUCGCAGUUGCUUCAGAUGAGAAAGAAGAUGACAGUGAUACUGAAGAAGAACCAAAGCGUCUUGUGUGCUACUUAAACUUUGAAACAAAGCCAGACGCAAAAACAAAGAAAGGAACCAUUCGAGUGAUCACAGACAAAUCAGGAUACGAUAAUAAUGGAGACUUUUCUGUUGGUGGAGAAAUUUUAAAAUAUGCAGAAAAAGAUUUCACGUGUAAUCAGGCUGCUCGUCUUUGGGAGAGUGACAUCUUAUUCAAAGGCGACCUAUUCCAAGCUAAGCCUAGAAAAGCCAUGACUGUUGCAGCUUGGAUUAAACUGGAAGAAAAACCAGGACAACACUCCAUCUUCGACACCAUUGGUAGAUCACAUGCACAAGGCCAAUUUCAUUUUGAAGUCAAUGAUGGUGUUCUUAGAUGGUUCCAUCGCAACGAAUGCCAAAAUACCGUUUUCGAGACAAUGGCUCACACUGUCCCAAAAGACAAAUGGACACAUGUUGCAGGAACUUAUGAUUCAAAAACAAAACAAGCUAAAGUUUUUAUCAACGGAAACUUGAGGAACAUGUCGAUUGGUGAAGGCGAGCUGUCACGUGACUGGGCUGCACGAGCUGGGAUCGGAAAUCACAUGAAGCAUCGUCCUCUUCGAGGUUCCAUUGAUGAAUUUAGAAUUUAUAACUACGCUUUAAAAAGCGAUGAAAUAAAAGCUUUAGUUGGCGCUUGUAGAAAUGGCGACGGAGAACAAAGAUCUGAAACGGCUGAACCUGAACAGACUGGUGACGUUAAGAAAGUAGAAGAAAGGCGUAGACGGAGCCUUGCAAAAGACGAGAAAUCCAGAAGCAAAGCAUCGAAAAGAAAUUGCGUUCAGAAAAGAAGCGUUUUUCUUGAAUUUGCUAGAACUGUUUAAAUCAACGUAAAAAUGGCAGAAAUUUCACCACAAAAUCAAGAAAUAUAAUACUUUUCUAUUACGAGAAGAACAUUUUAUGUCUCUGACGUGCUUCUGCCUUUUAGAGGAAACAACUUCAUCAAUAAAAAUUAAAAUUGUCUCCAGUUCAUUUUUUCUUUUAUAUCCCACCACAUAAAAACCAUUUCAAAUUUUCCUUUCUUUACUGAAUAUUAACUUUUCCUCUAAAGUACUGUAUGAUGAACGAAACCAUUUUUGUAACGCAUUUUAGCCAGAGGUAUUUUGUUUAUGUAAUAAGAAAAUCAUAUAUUAUUGUAUUGUAAAUAAAUAUGUGCUUUGCAA